UGCUUCGGUGGAGGGUUCGAUUGCAGCACGUUUCAAAACCUGCAAACUGCAAGCGAGCACGCUAGUAAUUGGUCGCUUGUAUGAAUACAGGUACCUAAAGAGGGAUUUUUUUUUUUUAGUAACAGCAGUGCCACAUUUUGCAUCUCACUCUGCCAGCUGAAGCCUAUGAGGUAUUUCCUCCGGGUACGGUCGUGUCCACCUUUUACAGCGGGAGCUUACGCCGUCUGACCUUCGCCAUGUGGAGCUUGUAUGCGUCCGUAGUCCUGCUGCAGCUCAUUGGGACCUCUCUAUGCCAGUUCCCUCGACCGUGUGCCAACUCAGUCGGGCUCCGGACCAAAGAGUGUUGCCCGGUGUGGGACGGUGACGGCUCGGCCUGCGGGGCCCUGUCGGGCCGGGGGUUUUGCGCCGAGGUGGAGGUCUCAGAAGAGCCCCACGGGCCCCAGUACCCGCACAGCGGGAUAGAUGACAGGGAGCGCUGGCCUCUAGCUUUCUUCAACCGGACGUGUCGUUGUGCUGGAAACUACGGAGGUUUUAACUGUGGCGAAUGCCGGUUUGGUUACUGGGGUUCAAACUGUGCCGAGUACAGGGAGUCAGUGCGCAGGAACAUCCUGAGCAUGCUGCCCGCUGAGCAGCAGAAGUUUGUCUCCUAUCUGAACCUGGCCAAGAACACCGUCAGCCGUGACUACGUGAUCGCCACGGCAACGAGAGCAGAGAUGGGGGAAAACGGCGAGAACCCCAUGUUCUCCGACAUCAACACCUAUGACCUGUUUGUCUGGAUACACUACUACGUGUCCCGGGACGCCUUCCUGGGAGGGCCGGGGAACGUAUGGACAAACAUCGACUUUGCACAUGAAUCCGGGGCAUUUCUGCCGUGGCACCGGGUCUACCUGCUCCACUGGGAGAAUGAGAUAAGGAAGCUGACGGGAGAUUUUAACUUCACCAUCCCAUACUGGGACUGGAGGGAUGCCGAGUCCUGCGAGGUGUGCACCGAUGCUCUGAUGGGCGGACGCAGCCCCCUCAAUCCCAACCUCAUCAGCCCUGCUUCGGUCUUCUCCUCAUGGAAGGUGAUCUGCACCCAGCCAGACGAGUACAACAACAGAGAGGCGUUGUGUAACGCCACCGGGGAGGGUCCACUGUUGCGUAACCCCGGCAACCAUGAUACCACCCGCACGCCGAGACUCCCCACAACAGCGGAUGUGGACUUCGCCGUGGGCCUCCCCCAGUACGAGACGGGACCCAUGGACCGAUCUGCCAAUAUGAGCUUUAGAAACGUCAUAGAGGGUUUUGCCAGUCCGACCUCAGGUAUGGCAGUGCAAGGCCAGAGCACCAUGCACAACGCCUUGCACGUCUUCAUGAACGGCUCCAUGUCCUCCGUGCAGGGUUCAGCCAACGACCCCAUAUUCCUGCUGCACCACGCCUUCAUCGACAGCAUCUUUGAGCGCUGGCUCAGGACACACCAGCCUGUCCGGACCAACUACCCACAAUCCAAUGCUCCCAUUGGCCACAAUGACGGUCACUACAUGGUGCCCUUCCUGCCCCUCUACAGGAACGGAGACUACUUCCUGACCGACAAGGCUCUAGGAUUUGAGUAUGCCUACCUGUUGGACCCUGGCCAGAGGUUUGUCCAGGAGUUCCUGACGCCUUACCUCCAGCAGGCCCAGCAGAUCUGGACGUGGCUCCUGGGGGCCGGGAUCCUCGGGGCAAUCAUCGCCGCAAUCUUUGCUGUGGUGGUUGUUUCUGCAAGAAGGAAGUGGAAGCGCAACCAGAGGAAGAAGAGGGUGCCGAGCUACGGAGAGAGACAGCCGUUACUGAACAGCAGCUCAGAGGAAGGCUCGUCUUCAUACCAGACUACUCUGUAACGCACAGAUACACUGUCUAUACCCCACGAAUGAACUAUUAGGGACACUCAGUACUUUCGUGUGGCUAAUGCAUGAGCUGAAACCUGGUGCAAGAUGAAAUGUUUCAUGGAUUUACCUAAAUAAAUCUAUUUAAUUUGUAAAGAUAUAUCUAGCAGAUAGUUUGUUGUCUUUGCCUUUCGGUUAUAGACUCUGCUGGUCCACAAAUUAAAUUAAUUUCAUCAUUUUAAAAUGUCAGCAACAUCGAUUUUCUACAUUUCCAAUGUUAAAUGUGUCAAAUGUGUUAGCACUUCUUACGUACUUCUGGCGCCAACCUGAUGGUGACAGAGGGCAUCAUAGUAUAGCUACUUUGUUUUGGGGAAUUAGCUGAACUAACCCUUUAAGCCUCGAGGCACUACACAUGAAGAUGAUGCAGAAAGAGCAGGGACCCACUAUUAGGGAAGAUACUCAUACUUUACAACAAACUAAGUUUGUGUUACACACACACACACACACACACACACACACACACACACACAAUACAGAGUCAUUGACACAAUGCAACACAGGUCAGUGUGCAAAUGAAAAUGUCAAGAUGUAUUGGCUGCCCUACAGUUGUCUUGUGAUAAUUUGUACUGUGACUUUGAGUAUACAUUAUAUUUAAUGUCUAUUAAAAAACUACUCAGGAGUCAAUGACAGCAA